GUCAUCUUUUGCAAAUUCUGAUACUGCACAUUGCUGUAAAUUAUUGAGUGACUUUGCUGAAGACAACUUAUUGGAACGUUGCAAAAUGGCAAAUGUGGAGCGCAAAGGCACCUUUAAGGUGGAAUAUCUGCAAAAAAUCGAAUGCGCAGUGCAACAGCGCUGGGAAACGGAACGUGUGCAUGAGACUGAUGCGCCGACGGCGCCAAAGAAGCGCCAGGCGGAGAAGUUCUUUGUCACGUUUCCGUUUCCGUAUAUGAAUGGACGCCUGCACUUGGGUCACACCUUCUCACUGUCCAAGGCAGAGUUUGCAGUGCGUUAUCAUCGCUUGAAGGGACGUCGCGUGCUCUGGCCAUUUGGCUUCCAUUGCACAGGCAUGCCCAUCAAAGCCUGCGCCGACAAAUUGGCGCGUGAACUGGAACAGUUUGGUUAUCCACCAAAGUUUCCAGAGGCAGUAGAGGAAAAGCCCGUGGAGGCGCCAACACAAUCCGAGGUGCCCAAGGACAAGUCCAAGGGCAAGAAGAGCAAGGCGGUGGCUAAAACAGGCAGCGCUAAGUACCAGUGGCAGAUUAUGCAAAGUUUGGGCCUUAAGGAUGAGGAUAUUAAGCAGUUUGCUAAUGCAGAGCAUUGGCUUAACUACUUUCCACCGCUGGCGGUGCAGGAUUUGAAGCGCAUAGGUGUGCACAUUGAUUGGCGUCGUACUUUUAUUACUACGGAUGCCAAUCCUUACUUUGAUUCCUUUGUGCGCUGGCAGUUUAAUCAUUUGAAAGAGCGUGGCAAGAUUAUGUACGGCAAGCGUUAUACUAUCUACUCGCCCAAGGAUGGACAGCCAUGCAUGGAUCACGAUCGUUCCUCAGGCGAGGGUGUGGGUCCUCAAGAGUACACACUUAUCAAGAUGAAGGUGCUGCAGGCGCCCAAGGAGCUGAGCUCCAUUAAGCAGCCUAUUUAUAUGGUGGCUGCUACACUGCGUCCGGAGACAAUGUAUGGUCAAACCAAUUGCUGGCUGCAUCCGGACAUCAAGUACAUAGCCUGGCAGACUACUAAGGAUAAUGAAGUAUGGAUUAGCACACGUCGCGCAGCACGCAACAUGGCCUAUCAAGGCUUCACCGCUGUGGAGGGCAAAGUAGAUGUGCUGGCCGAGCUUACAGGUCAACAGCUGCUGGGUUUGCCGCUGUCCGCGCCCUUGACGCCACACAAAACAAUUUAUACGCUGCCCAUGCUGAGCAUUAAGGAGGACAAGGGUACGGGUGUAGUAACGUCUGUGCCCUCGGAUUCACCCGAUGAUUAUGCUGCCUUGGUGGAUCUGCAAAAGAAGGAGGCAUUCCGUCAAAAGUAUGGCUUGAAAGAUGAAAUGGUGCUGCCCUAUGAGCCCAUGCCUAUUAUAGAUGUGCCCACGCUGGGCAAGCUGAGCGCAGUGCAUGCCUAUGAGACGCUCAAGAUUCAAUCGCAGAAUGAUAAAGAAAAGCUAGCCGAGGCUAAGGAGCUGUGCUAUUUAAAGAGUUUCUAUGAUGGCAUUAUGCUUGUAGGCGAGUUCACAGGAAAAAAGAUACAGGACAUUAAGAAGGACUUGCAAAAACGUCUGCUGGAUGCUAAUGAAGCAGCUGUUUACUAUGAACCCGAGAAGACUAUUAUGUCACGCUCUGCUGAUGAGUGCGUCGUGGCGCUUUGCAAUCAAUGGUAUCUCAACUAUGGUGAGCCUGUGUGGCAGGCGCAAGCGACAAAAAUACUGCAGGAUAUGGAAACGUUCCAUGAGGAGGCGCGUAAUAACUUUGAGGCAUGCCUCAAUUGGUUGCAUGAAUACGCCUGCUCGCGCACUUAUGGACUGGGCACCAAGCUGCCUUGGGAUGAGCAAUGGCUUAUCGAAUCGCUAUCGGAUUCGACUAUUUAUAUGGCUUUUUAUACGGUGGUGCAUCUGCUGCAAGGUGGUAGCUUCCGUGGCGAGCGUGUGGGUCCAUUUGGCAUCAAACCUGCCGACAUGACUGCUGAAAUCUGGGAUUAUAUUUUCUUCAAGGAAACACCGCUGCCCAAGAAAUCCGCCAUCAAAGCUGAAUAUUUAGCUGUGCUGCGUCGUGAAUUUGAGUACUGGUAUCCCAUGGAUCUGCGCGUUUCUGGCAAGGAUUUGAUUAACAACCAUUUGACAUUCUGUUUGUAUAAUCAUGCUGCCAUGUGGCCCAAUGAUGAAACCAAAUGGCCCAAGGGCAUGCGUGUUAAUGGUCAUUUGCUGCUCAAUUCUGCUAAAAUGUCCAAGUCUGAUGGCAAUUUCUUAACGCUGCAUGAGGCUAUUGAUAAGUUCUCUGCGGAUGGCAUGCGCUUGUGUCUGGCGGAUGCUGGCGACAGCAUUGAGGAUGCCAACUUCGUGGAGAGCACAGCCGAUGCGGGCAUUUUGCGUCUGUACACGUUCAUUGAGUGGGUUAAGGAAAUGCUGGAGAACAAGAGCAGCCUGCGCAACGAUGCUAAGCGCAGCUUUAACGAUCAGGUGUUCCUUAGCGAGCUGAAUUUGAAGACACAGCAAACGGAUGACAACUAUCGUCGCAUGUUGUUCAAGGAGGCGCUGCGCAGCGGCUUCUAUGAGCUGCAGCUGGCUAGGGACAAGUAUCGCGAGCUGUGCGGCGCUCAGGGCAUGCAUGUGGAGCUGGUCAUGGAGUUUAUUAGACGUCAAGCGCUGCUAGUGGCGCCUAUAUGUCCGCACAUGGCGGAGCAUGUGUGGGGCUUGCUGGGCAACAAGCAGUCGGUGGUGCAUGCCAGCUGGCCCGAGGUGGGCAACAUCAAUGAGCUGGAUAUUAUGUGCUCCGAAUAUUUAAUGGAGGCAGCGCACAAUUUCCGUCUUAAUCUAAAGAAUUUGCUGCAAGUGCGCGGCAAGGGCGGCAAGGAAAAGGCGCUGGAUGCGUUGACUGCCAAACCGAAUCGAGCUUUAAUAUGGGUGGCCAAAACUUAUCCACCCUGGCAAUGCUGCGUGCUGGACACCAUGCGUAGCAUGUAUAAUGAGCAAACCAAAACGCUGCCGGAUAACAAAGUUAUUGCAGCCACGCUGCAGCAAAAGGCAGAGCUAAAGAAAUUUAUGAAACGCGUUAUGCCAUUUGCUCAAAUGAUACGCGAGAAGGUGGAGCAGGGCAAGGGCGUGGCUGCCAUGGCAGUUACGCUAGAGUUUGAUGAGGGACAAGUGCUGCUCAGCAACAUAGAGUAUCUAAAGAAUACGCUGGAUCUGGACACACUUGAAAUCAAAUACACUGACGAUGCCUCAGCGCCUGAAAAGACACGCGAGGAAGUGCGUCCUGGCGCGCCUUUCAUUAGCUUUAGCAUUGCGCCGCAUGUAAGCGUGGAGUUCAUCAAUCCCACAGAGCGCUCUUCGCUUUUCCAAAUCAACACCAUCAUCUCCGAAGGCGACACUGUUGAAUCUUUGCGUGAAAAGCUUGCCAAGAUUAUUGGCUUGAAAUCAGAGGCUGCUACAUUGAAACUCUGGCGCUAUGAGGAUCCGCUGCUGGGACCACGCAAGCUGCCAGCUUUCCAGGAUUACAAAACAGGCAAAAUGCUAUUGGAUGCAGGCAACUUUGUGCUCGAUGUGGAGGCCAAGCGCGUUAGCGUUAAUCAAGCUGGCAAAGUUAGCGAAGUGGGACGCAAUCUGGUUUAUGUUGUAGAGUAAUGAAACAACAUCACUUAAUAAUUUAUGCCUUAACUAAAUGGAAUAAUUGUACAACAAUUGUUGAUGAAGAAAAAUGUAAAAGAUUAAAGAAAUGUUCAAGCAACAGCUUGCACAACAAUUUGUCACAAUAUUUAAUAUUUA